UGCUGCGCAUGCGCGGCUCCUGAGAAGAAGCUCCGGCCCACAAUGGCGCCGUCCAGGGAGGCCGGCCCGGCUUGCCUGGUUCGCUCGGCUCAGAAGGACGAGCUCUACCGGGCAGCGCUGAGGAGCGGCGCCGGGGCCUCUCUGGGCAGCCUGGCCGGUGCCAAAACGUGGCUGGCGUGGCAGAAGGAGAUUGAGCUGCUUGCUGACGUGGCCUAUUUCACUCUUACGACCCUUUCAGGUUUCCAAACUCUUGGGGAAGAGUAUGUCGGUAUUAUUCAAGUGGACGCCUCAGGACGGCGAGUCCCUUCGGUGCUUCGACGGGUCGCUCUGAUCGCCUUGCACGCGGUCUUGCCUUACGCAUUGGACAAAGGCCUAAUGCACCUGGAGCAUGAGCUGGAGGUAGAAUCGGACGAGACGAGGCCUUUGCAGAGCCGGCAGUCGGGCGGAUGGCGAAGGAGGACGUUUGUCCAGGGUUGGUUGCGGCAACAGCUGGGUGCGUUGACCGAGCAGCAGAGGAAAGUGCUUGGGCAGUGGGUCUACGUCCUCAAGCAAAGCCUCCCGCUUCUGCGCAGGUUGCACUUGGCCAUCUUUUACAUGAACGGUCUCUUCUAUCACCUCUCGAAGAGGAUGACGGGAAUCACGUAUCUUCGCUACCUGGGUUUUGCUGGAGACCAGACUUUCCGGUCCAGCUACAGGUUCCUGGGGAUCGUGUCCCUGCUGCACUUGGCCCUGACGGUCGGCAUGCACACGUAUCGGUUCCAGCAGGUGAGACGGGCACGGGACGAAUGGAAGCUACAUCGGAGCGUCUCCUGUCAAAGGACUCAGGGCGAGGAGAGGCUCCUUAACCGCAGCUCUUACUGUACGCUGUGCUUAGAGGAGCGGCAGCAUACCACGGCCACCCCGUGCGGACACCUCUUUUGCUGGGAAUGCAUCACUCACUGGUGCAACACAAAGGCUGAGUGCCCACUGUGUAGAGAAAAAUUCCGUCCACAGAAGCUGAUUUAUUUGCGACACUAUCAGUGAGAGCGCUGGGCUGGCAGACCAGUAACGUGAAGGAUUCAGAGCUGGCAAGAGUACAACUUCCGUCCAGUAAAGUGCAGGACUUGAUUUUCAUGUUAAAUUCCCGAAAUAAAACUGUGCAGCCAAACUCUCGGGGGUUUAUUGCCUGCCCAUAUACGAGGGAUAUCCGGAAAGUAAAGUUUCAAGGCAUGUAGCUCUUGUGGGGAAUUUUCUCGGGGAGAAGCUGCUAUCGUUGCCGUAUAGUGGGAAGACGGCAGAAGUGAAUGAGCUGUGCCAGUCGCUAGUAGAUCAUCGACUAGCCUUGUGAUGGUUAGAGAUGAGCAUCCUCAUUCUGUUUCCCCCCAAGUAUCUGGAAAGUAAGGUUACAAGGCACGUGUCUCUUGUGGGGAAAUUUUGUGGGGGAAGUUGGUAUCACUGCUGUGUAGCAGGAAGCCAGCAGAAGCAAACGAGCAGUGCCAGUUGUCAGUAGCUCAUCCACUGGCGUUGUGGUUAAGGUUAGAGAUGAUCGUCCUCAUUCUGUUUCCCUCCAAGUGCAAAGUUCGCGCUGUAUGAGGAAUAUCUGGAAAGUAAGGCUAAAAGGCACGUAACUAUUGCAGGGAAUUUUCUCAGGGGAAGUUGGUUUCACUGCUGUGUAGUGGGAAGCCAAUGGAAGCGAACGAGCACUGCCAGUCGUUAGUAGCUCAUCCACUGGCGUUGUGGUGAAGGUUAGAGAUGAGCAUCCUCAUUCUGUUUCCCUCCAAGUACAGGGGGUAUCUGGAAAGUAAGGUUACAAGGCACGUGUCUCUUGUGGGGAAAUUCUGCAGGGGAAGUUGGUUUCACUGCCAUGUAGCGGGAAGCCAGCAGAAGUGAACAAGCAGUGCCAGUUGUCAGUAGCUCAUCCACUGGCGUUGUGGUGAAGGUUAGAGAUGAGCAUCCUCAUUCUGUUUCCCUCCAAGUACAGGGGGUAUCUGGAAAGUAAGGUUACAAGGCACGUGUCUCUUGUGGGGAAAUUCUGCAGGGGAAGGUUUCACUGUCAUGUAGCGGGAAGCCAGCAGAAGUGAACAAGCAGUGACAGUUGUCAGUAGCUCAUCCACUGGCGUUGUGGUGAAGGUUAGAGAUGAGCAUCCUCAUUCUGUUUCCCUCCAAGUGCGGCGUUUGCGCUGUAUAAGGAAUAUCUGGAAAGUAAGGCUAAAAGGCACGUAGCUCUUGCAGGGAAUUUUCUCGGGAAGUUGGUAUCACUGCUGUGUAGUGGGAAGCCAACGGAAGUGAACGAGCAGUGCCAGUCGUCAGUAGCUCAUCCACUGGCGUUGUGGUGAAGGUUAGAGAUGAGCAUCCUCAUUCUGUUUCCCUCCAAGUGCGGCGUUUGCGCUGUAUAAGGAAUAUCUGGAAAGUAAGGCUAAAAGGCACGUAGCUCUUGCAGGGAAUUUUCUCGGGAAGUUGGUAUCACUGCUGUGUAGUGGGAAGCCAACGGAAGUGAACGAGCAGUGCCAGUCGUCAGUAGCUUAUCGACUGGUAUUGUGGGUGAAGGUUAGAGAUAAGCGUCCUCAUUCCGUUUCCCUCCAAUCGCACACCCAGUGACUAUCAUCUGCUCACUAAACUGAUGGAACACCUGGGUGGAAACACUUUUCCGACGAUGAGGAGGAGAUGAAUCCGACGAUGAGGAGGAGAUGAAAAUCGAAGUGACGAACUGGCCGACAAAGGCGGCGGAAACUUCUAUGACACGGGCAUCAAAACCUUGUCCCAUAGAUGACAAAAUGUAUUGAACUGUAUGGUGAUUAUGUGGAAAAAGAAUGUAGUAUCUAUGCUACAAUCCAUGUAAAUUGUAUUAAAAUAUAUUCAAUCUUUGUAUUUUAAAAAA